GACCAGAACACACCUUUAUGGUGGCAGGUCUCUCUGGCUGAAGCUCCUACAGGAGAUUUUGCCAGGUUUUUCAAGGAAUACAAAAAACUCAUUAGCUUCUUAGACGACAUAUCGGAUGGACGGACAAAGAAACCAACAGAGCAAAAGGAAACAAUAUAUGCUUCAUAAAGCAAUGAAGAAAAACAAGACCAAAGACAUGACCAAUGAAAUUACAAAUAUAAUGACGUGGUUUGUGUCUGAGGUAACAGACAUAAUAUAUCCGGCAAUAAUUGAAUAUGAAGGAAGAAAAAUCGCUGAGAGAGACAGGAGAGAUGAUGAGGACAAUGCCAAAAACUUUGUCUUCACAGACAGAAACAGAACACCCAGCAGAUCACCGGGAUGUAUGAGGAGAGGGAGAAGGAAAAUAAUCCAACUGUUUUCUCAACAGGCACCUAGCCAGUCUCCAACAAGAAGGCACCUUGCAAGAAAGCCUUUUUUUCCAUCAUUCAGAAAGGUAUUUCCCAAAGAGGAAGUAGAAAUGCAGGGAGCUUGCAGCAAGCCCCUGACAACCUGCACAAUUGAGCCUCAAACACUGCAGUCACAAACCAGUAUUUAUGCUGAUGCUUUUUUUAGACAGAUAUAUGAUGAACUAAUAAGCAAAUCAGUCCUAUCACAAAACCCACAUAUUCAGGACAUUCCAAUCCCUGGAAGCAAUCCCUCAUGUAUCAGCACAGCUGGAGCUGAUUCAAUUCUAAAUAAGCUUUCCAUAUGUCAGGCCACAAACCUGCAGCCUUCUGAAGACCAGGGUCUCUCCCCUGACAUAGACACAUUGACGGCCAAAAUUAUUCAUACCAGUUUAUCUGACCUUAUGCAAGAAAGAGCUUCCCAAGUCUCAGUUUAUGCAGACAUGCAAGACAACAACAGUAUUUAUGCUGAUGCUUUUUUUAAAGAGAUAUAUGAUGAACUAAUAAGCAAAUCAGUCCUAUCACAAAUCCCACAUAUUCAGGACAUUCCAAUCCCUGGAAGCAAUCCCUCAUGUAUCAGCACAGCUGGAGCUGAUUCAGUACUAAAUAAGCUUUCCAUAUGUCAGGCCACAAACCUGCAGCCUUCUGAAGACCAGGGUCUCUCCCCUGACAUAGACACAUUGACGGCCAAAAUUAUUCAUAACAGUUUAUCUGACCUUAUGGAAGAAAGAGCUUCCAAAGUCUCAGUUUAUGCAGACAUGCAAGACAACAACAGUGUGGCAGCAGAGAGCUUUGGUGGUUUGAUAAGGAGAAAAAUUAAUGGUUACCAACAGGGAAAAGCAAAGGCACCCUCUUCAGUUCCGUAUAACCCUCCAGAACCUGGAGAAAUUGAUGCUGAAAAGCUUUUAGAAGAUCCUAUCAAAAGUAACGCCUGAGGCCAAAGUCCCACUCUGUCUGUUCUGGGGGUAUGCCACAGAUUUUUGGAAGAUCUAAUCAGCAGGAUUUUAUCUAACAUUCUCCCUGCCACCGCCAGCACAUCUUCCUCUACAGAAAAUAAAAUGGAUUUUGCAGAAUUUGAUUUAAUUCACAUGCAGAUAAUCAGUAAAGUCAUGGCAAAAAUCUCUGAAGAUGAGAACUCUUCCAGCCAGCAUACUGAACAGCCGCAUUCCAGGGCAGAGGACAUGAUUCAAACAACUGCUGAUUCAGUCUAUAAUAAGCUUUUGACACAGUUUCAGUCUAAAUUAAAUAUGCAGAACUGUCUAAGAAAUGGGUGCAUGGUUAUUUCUGAAGCUCUUUGUGACUUGGUCAUCCAAGAGGUUUCUGUACAUCCACUGCAGAACUUGCUUUCCGAAGGAUUACUGCUUCACCACUGUGCUGAAGCUGACGAGAUUGCUGAAAAAGUUACACUAACAAAUGUUACUGAGCCUUUGCAUCACCCAAACAGUUUAUCAUCAUAUCUUAGUAAGAUAGCUCCCCUCAUCAUAGAAAAACUAGAAGCAAACCUUAUGUCAACACUUUCUUCCCUCUUUCCCUUUCCCGAUUUGGACAGAGAAAAGAUUUUGUUACUGAAUGGAGCAACUAGGAAAAUACUGCAUGCUUUGCAAGUAGUCCUGUCACAACACCAGAUGAACAUGAACAAACAUAUCAAUGAAAGAGAAUUUUUAGGCACUGAAGACAGGCCGGCUAUGGGAGACAUAUUCCAUUUGGCUUCCACAAGCACUGGAGACCAUUCUGACUCUGACAUUUUUGUUUGCGGAAACCUAACAGAUAAGACAGAUAUUUUAGCUAAUAGGAUAGCGGCUUCCAUAGCAAAAGAAGUUGCCAAACCUGAAUUUCAAGGCAGUUCAGAGGGGGAGACAUUGCUUGUUUCAACUUCAACAGAAGCUGUUAGGAUUGUUGAGAAAUUCCCUGCUGAUUUUGGCACAAUCGAGAAACUGCCAAAGCCACCUAUAAACCCACCUAUUCUUGUGGUACCCGUGACAUUUGUGGAAGAAAUAUUAAGUCGAUUCCUUGCAAAAGUCUUUUAAGUUCAACUGACGGCACAAGCCCAACUUCCAGAAGACAUUUAUCACGAUCCAAAGUGAAUGAAAUUGUUGAGGACCUUAAAGAGGCCAUGGAACAAGGCCUGUCCAAACAUAAAAUCAGCCUUGUGGCAGCUACAAAUGAACAACAUUUACCUCCAGAGCGUGAAGACGCAAUUAAUGAAGUUGUUCUUUCUGUUUCCAGGAAUAUGCUACAAAAAUCUGGAUCUGAGCAAGAACUUUAUGAUGACAUAACAGGUUUCAAUUUAUUUUUUCCUCAAGAAAUGGUUACAGUAAUAAUUGAGGAACUCUCUGAUUGCCCCUUUUUACAGGCUGGUGGUGACAAUCCAGCAACACCACACCAAAGUGCAAUGAACCCAGGCAGAAUUGCCAACAUGGUCCUUUCCCAAGUGUCCGUUUGUGAAGAGCUUAAGACCUGGAGUUCUGAAGAAACAAUCCCCGGUUCUGAAGAUGCAAAUUCAAUAUCUGAGGCACAGAGAAAUGACAACAGUUAUUUUUCUCUGGGUAGCACAGGACAACCAGUUGUAAGACCAGGGGAGGUAAGUAGAAAGAAUAAGGCUGAGGCAAUCCUGUUUUGUGAAUGCCAUCUUGCUUCUAACUGGAUCUUUUGUUAAGAUGAUCAUGUGGCAUUGAAAGCCCAUCUACUAUGAAUGCUGAAUGCUCUUAUAGAGGUGGUAGGCCAUCUGCUAGAGAGCCUGCAGUGGGCCUUCAGUGUGGAGGACCCUCACUAGCUGGGAUUUUGUGAAAGCAGAGGAGGCAGGGGAGGGGCUGAGCUGAGGCUCCUGUAUGCAAGACUGCUCCACCCUUGACUUCAGAAGGUAGGACACAAGGGGCCCUCGUUCCACACACGGACUCGGGCUUCACCUGGCCAUUCAUGGCACCAGCAGGAACCGUGGCUGGGAGGACAGCCCCACCACCACUGCCUGUCCCUCAUUCUGUGGCGGUGUGAUUCUGAGGAGCACAGAUCAAACAGAGUCCUUCUUAACUCUUUUAUUUUACUCUUUCCAUGGAACAGUUGGAAACGCUGGCUGCAGGCGCUAGCCAAAACGAACAAAGAUCUCCCAUAUCAGAAGACAUGGAUGUCGAUACAGGUAUGCAUGAGGAAUUGACACUGGCUAAGUCAGGUGAUGUACUCAAGGUCACAAGGAAGUCUGUAGCUAAGGCAGGAAGUGACUCUAGGCCUCCUGAAUCCACAUUCAUUGACCUAGCCAGAGACCAUCAUUUCUGCCCUACCUAUCACCUCACAUGUAACACUGCUGGAAAGAGAUAGUUAAGUCCUGACCUUCAAAUACAACAUCCUGCAGAGCUCGGCCACAGCAGAGGAUCCAGUCAAGCUGGUUAUCAGUGCCCCACCCUAACACGCACCUUCAUAGCACACAUGGCUUAUUCCCUCUGCUUGUAGACUCCAUUUUUGGCUAAGUGCAAUGGCUGAGUGAUAACAAGGCUGGAUUAGAAAUCCAAACGUGUUUCCCUGUACCAAAUCAAAUCCUGUCCACAGGAGAGGCUUGUUUCUUGAGGAAGGACAUUGGACUAAAUGACCUUUGCACACCCUUGCUUUAUUUUUCUAUAUUAAGUGACUGCUCUCUUUUCUCCGCAGCAGCUGCUCCAAAAAAAGUGUCUUCGUUUUUUAUGAGGGUUCCAAAUGCUCUAUCCAGAGUACGGUGUUUUCUUUCAAGUUGCCUACCACAUCGCAGGAACCUUCGGAAAGUGUCACCAGAAAUUACACCUACACAUUAACGUUGUUUUGGAAA